UUAAAGUGGGUUUCACAGUAAUUGAUUUUGUACAUAUACACCGGUACGAAAAUUCGAACCACAUCAUCAAAAUAGCUUAGAAGUUUUCAUCUAUGUACAAAUGAAAGCUGGAAUAUGGGUAAAAGAAGGGAGUCGAUGAAAGAAAAAACUGACAGAGAUGAGUCUCCAGAGAGUAUCAGUUCUCCACCACACCACAAGAAGCACAAAAAACAUAAAAAGAAACACAAGAGGAAAGGAAAUGAAGAACCUGACGUUAGCUCGGACAUUGGCUCACCUAAAGGUCCACUCAAACUCAAACUGAAAAUUGGAACUGAAACUCUUGGGACAAAAAAUGUUGUGACAGUUACAUCAGAACCAGCAGAUACUAUUGUCAAUGUCACAGAUGAUCAAUGGGAAGUGGAUGAGCGUGACCCCACCAUAAGAACAAAAAAGCCAGGGGAUGAGACUUCAGAUGAGGAGAAAGAAUGGCUCUCGGCACUUGAGAAAGGCGAGCUUGACGAUUAUGGUGAAGUGAGCAAGGGAAAGAAAGAUCCUUCCCUCAUGACGGCCAGACAGAGAGCUCUGAAACAUGGCACUCAAGAACAAGAACUGCUGCAGUUGCCAACAGGUUACAGGCAAGUUGAGCUUACAGAGGAGCAGUUGAAAAGACGAGAGCAAAGAGCAAAUAAACGGAAACAAAUGGCCCAGGAAAAGAGAGAAAAAGACAAAAGACAGACAAUUGAUAGACUUCUGAAAAAGCAGGAAAGCAGAUUGAAAAAGGGCAGAGGUGGUAGGAAAACAGACGCACCAAAAGUUACAUACAUCAACAACACAUCUGGAAUCUCUAUAUCAGUACCAGAAGGGAUACAGUUUCCCUUUGAAGCCCAGAAAUCUGAGAAACCACCACCUAGACCCAAGUGUGCGGUCAAAAGCUGCAAAAAUGAUAAAAAAUAUUCGUGUUCGAAAACAGGUGUACCAUUAUGUAGCCUUGAGUGUUAUAAGAAAAAUCUCAUUUCUCAUAAACUGACACCACCUAGUUUAAUUACAACCUGAAAAUGUGAAAAAGUAAGUUUAGAUGGAGAAAAAAGAGAUGUGUUUAAGAUUUUGCAUGUUGGCAGUCUGAAUACUUACUGUGGUGUCAUAUAUGACACCAAGCCAGAAGUACAUUGGAUGUACCUAUUGCUAAUGUCAUAGAUUCUUACAAAAUUUGACAUGUUUUUAUGCUCACAAAACAUGAAGUGUUUCUUUUUAAACUUUGCAUCCUGAAAACUUUUAGACAAUGUUACAUCAAUAUUGUAUAAUUUUGUAUAAUAUAAGGGAAGACUUGCAUUAGGACAGGCUAGUUAUUUUGAUAGAUUUCCUUUUAUUUUGUUGCACAGAAUUCAAAGGACUUCCACUCAUUUGCUAGCGGCACUUCUGUGACAGUUUAUUAUGGCAUACUUUAGUUCACAUGCUCCUCUCUUCAUCGAGUUCAAAAGCUCUGUCUGCAUAUAGAAGUGUUAUAUUGUGAGAAAGCUAUUGAGUGAAAUUGUGGAAGGUCAGUGGUUCUAUGCUGGUAUCUGCCCAAGUCCGAUACAACGUCUGAAUUGGCCUUUGAGGUCUUACUCCACUAUUGAGAGUAGUAAGACACCAUGUGGGGUAAAUCACCUGACAAGCUUGAAGAACCAAGGAAGCUUCUUCAAUUGAAGCGUCAUAUAUAUAUAUUUCAUUGUAAUUAGAUAAAUAGUUUUUUUUUCUUAAAUUUCUUAUGUAUCUUUACUUGUUUAGAUCAAUAUACAAAUAUUUAAGAUACAAUAAAAGUCUUUGUCCAUAUAAUUUGCAUGUUAUUUAUUGCCAAAAACACAGCCUUAGAGCCACGUGUUUGCAAAGUAGGCACACAACAAAAAGAAGCUGUAACCGAAAAAUAUUGCAGACUGAUUGCUUCAAAAAUCCAACAAGUACAUAUAAAUUUUAUGCAAAAUAUAGAUAGAGGGGGAGUAACGGGUAGAAACGGGGGUAUGGGGGAGGAGGUUGAAGGGGAAAGUAGAACAAGGAUGAAUAUACAAAGGGAAUACUACAUUCCUUAAUCACAGUUACACUACAAUGUAAACCACAAUAGCGCAAACAUUCAUGUACCAAAGAUAAACACACACAGCCACACCCAACUAACUAACAUAGAUAAACAGACAAGUAAGAUACAACAACACAGUAGGGCACCGCCUAAGACACACGCACACAUAUAAGCAGGAAAAAAACAAUCGUGUACUGCCUUGGGAUUCUAUGAAACCAUAGUUUGUGUAAGAUUAUUAAAAUUACAAAUGAUGUGUGUAGUAAGCAAGUCUACAAGAUAGAUUAAGCUCCGCCUAUGAUAUCAUAUUCCAUUAUUGUUUCUGUAUGUAAGAUAUAUACAUAUUUCUAUAGGGGGAGUGUGAGGUUAUACUUUGGAUGCAACACACAUAUUAAAUAUAUAUAAACCAUC